CCUCUCUCAAAACACAUAAAAUUCAUCUCAUACUUCAACUUUUCUUCAUUGCAAUAUUCUUAUAGAAUCAAACUUCAAAAUGGAGUUUACUUUAGUAGCUCUUACUUCUCUCAUAGCCUUAGCCUUGGUCCAUCCUUCCCAUGCCCAAAACUCACCACAAGACUACCUAGUCCUUCCCUCCCAAGCCCAAGACUCACAACAAGACUACCUAGCCUUGGGAGGGGACUCACCACAAGACUACCUCAAUGCUCACAAUGCAGCUCGAGCAGCCGUCGGUGUUGGCCCUAUGAUUUGGGACAAGACCGUGGCUGCCUAUGCACGGAACUACGCUAAUCAACACUAUUACGACUGCAACCUUAUUCACUCCGGUGGACCUUAUGGUGAGAAUCUUGCCUGGAGUAGCGCUGACUUUUCGGGCACUAGUGCUGUAAGAAUGUGGGUUAGUGAGAGGGUAAACUACAAUUACAACUCCAACAGUUGUGCAGCAGGCAAGGUUUGCGGGCAUUAUACUCAAGUGGUUUGGCGCAACUCGAUUCGUCUUGGGUGUGCUAAGGUGAGGUGCAACACUGGUGGAACUUUCAUUACUUGCAACUAUGCUCCUGCAGGCAAUAUCAUCGGUCAAAGACCUUACUAAAAAGUUUAUUUUGCUUAAACAUCUUCCAAAUCAACUCAAUUAUCUACCAUAAAAAUGCUAAAUAUAUGUUAGUACUCAUCAGCCUACUGCAUGGCAAAUAAUAAGGAAGAAAUGAAUGUUUUAUUGUUUCGAUUUA